CCGCUGCAGCCAUUGCUACCGCGGCAUUCCUCCUUGGCUGGGGCGGCCUGUCCCUCUGUGCUUGUCUUGGGACAAGAGGCGCGGCGCCUGAGGAUAGGGGAGUACAGAGGAGUCCAGAAAAAGCCAAACACUCGAGCGAUCUGAGGGGGAGACGACAACGCCCCCCCAGCGGCGCCACUACCGCCUCGGUAGCUGUCAUGGUCUCCGUACCACGUGACCCAGGUUCGGGGCAGAACUGUUUUCCGGUCCCUGUGGCCGGGUAGCCCUGGCUCGGUGAAGUCCCCCUCUAGACACCCUUCCCACCAGCGGACUCAGAACUGGCCUUCUUCCUUUGGAGAACUGCUGGACAGAUCCCAAGAAAGCUGACGAUAUCUGGAGAAAAUGACACAUUGGUUUCAUAGGAACCCAUUAAAAGCCACAGCUCCUGUUUCCUUUAACUACUAUGGUGUAGCCACCAGUAAUGCUGCUUCAAAAAUUUGCAGUGACUUAAGAUCAUCCAGAGCACGACUGCUUGAACUGUUCACUGAUUUGAGUUGUAAUCCGGAAAUGAUGAAGAAUGCAGCAGAUACUUAUUUUUCAUUUUUACAAGGUUUCAUAAAUUCAUUGGAUGAAUCUACUCAAGAAAGCAAGUUAAGGUAUAUUCAAAAUUUCAAAUGGACUGAUACCUUAUAUGGACAGGUUCCAAGUGCCCAGCAGGAUGCUGUUUUUGAAUUAAUUUCCAUGGGAUUUAAUGUAGCUUUAUGGUAUACCAAAUAUGCUUCAAGACUGGCUGGAAAAGAAAACAUAACAGAAGAUGAAGCAAAGGAAGUUCAUCGAAGCCUAAAAAUUGCAGCUGGGAUUUUUAAACAUUUAAAGGAAAGUCAUAUCCCUAAACUCCUUACACCUGCAGAGAAGGGGCGGGACUUGGAGGCACGGCUCAUAGAUGCCUAUGUUAUCCAAUGUCAGGCUGAAGCUCAAGAAGUAACAAUUGCUCGAGCAAUUGAACUAAAACAUGCUCCUGGCCUAAUCGCUGCACUGGCAUAUGAAACAGCCAAUUUCUAUCAAAAAGCUGAUCAUACUUUAUCCAGUUUGGAGCCUGUGUACUCUGCUAAAUGGAGGAAAUAUCUUCACUUGAAAAUGUGUUUCUACACAGCUUAUGCUUACUGUUAUCAUGGGCAGACACUGUUGUCUAGUGAUAAAUGUGGUGAAGCAAUCAGGGCUCUCCAAGAAGCAGAAAAAUUUUAUGCAAAGGCAGAAGCAUUAUGCAAAGAAUAUGGAGAAACCAAAGGCCCUGGACCAACAGUCAAACCUUCAGGGCAUUUAUUCUUUAGGAAACUUGGAAAUCUUGUGAAGAACACCCUAGAAAAAUGUGAGCGAGAAAAUGGAUUCAUUUACUUUCAAAAAAUCCCAACAGAAGCCCCCCAGCUGGAACUCAAAGCAAAUUAUGGUCUGGUAGAACCUGUACCUUUUGAAUUCCCUCCUGUGAAUGCACACUGGACACCAGAAACACUGGCUGCAUUUGACCUCACCAAAAGACCCAAGGAUGACAGUACUAAACCCAAACCAGAAGAGGUGGUGAAACCUGUGAAAGAACCAGAUAUCAAACCUCAAAAGGACACGGGUUGCUCCAUUUCCUAAAAUGCAUUAAUGCAACUUGCACUUUGAAUUUCUCUGCUAGUAGAUAGAUGCUAGUAGAUAAAAUGAACUUUGGAACUUCAUUUUCAUAUUUCAUGAAAUGAUUUCUCUGAAGCCUGUAGAAUAAUCAAGUACAUUUAGAGGGACUCUGCCUUCAGUUUGUUUUUAUUUCAUGCUUUGUUUUCAGACUUCAUUAUUCAGGAUAACACAUGAACGAUUUUAUGGUGCCUCUUAAGGGUGUGUAUAGAGGUUUGUUCUUUUCCCCAGACUCUGGGUGGUAAUCAGUUUCAAAAAUAGGCCAGAAUCAUGUGGCUUCACAAAAACUUUAUUUUCUGUGCUCUUUUUUGAUACCAGAAGAAUGACAGAAAUGGGGUUUUUGUAAUAGUCUCCCCAUCCCCCCACCCCCCACACCAUUAUGUUAAUUGUGGCACAGACUUAUGUUCUGAGUCCUUUGUCUUUUCUGGUGAAAACAUCACUUAAAGAUCAGAAAAUCUUCAUUCCUUACAUAUGUUAGAGUCCAGAAUUCCCUUAGAAAGAGUGUUUAUAGGGAGAUUGUGACCAUUUAAAUGCUCCUGUUCUGGUAGCUGUGCUCUUCAUUUACAACUCAGAGAUUUUUUACAAGUACCUUUUCUAAUGGGUUUUUUACCUAGAGGAUAGAACUUUCUAACAGUGCUUAGUGUUUCUAUGUGAGAAAAGAGAGAAAGAAAGAAAAUGUUUUUGCUGAAGUCAAAUAUUGCAUGAUAUAAAGAAAAAACUUAAAACAAGAUAGGUUGUCCUGAAUUACACUGGUAACACUACUUUUGUCACAGAAGUUCUGGUAAAUGCUUUUACUACCUGAUUUCAGCAUACAUUAUUUUUGUAUGAUUUUUCUAAUACAUGUAUUGAUUCAGAAUUGGUAUUGACUUAGGCCAAAGUCUAUAGCAUAAACUUAGAGAGCCAACAUACAGUAUGAUCUUAAAGAUAUCUUGUAGUAUUUGAACCACUUGUAGUAUAAACACAAACUUGGGAAAUAGUAGGUACAUGAUACUUUAACAAAACUCAUAUACAUCUCUAGGAUUAUCGUCUUUUGGUUAUUCAGUUAGAAGUAUUAGCUACUUCUCUUAUUCCUGUUAUAAAUGAGGGAUUGUCUAUAUUAAUAGAAAUAAUAAUAGUUAUUAUUAAGAGGUAUUACAUGCCAGGCACUGUGUUGAAUACUCAACAUAGAGCAAUCCCCGAGUCUACACAACAGCCUUGGGAGAAAUUUGUAAAGUCCAUAUAAAAUAUUGAACUAGGAAUAAGUGUUUCAUUAUGAAGAAUAGAUUAUGCUAUCUGAAUAAAUAUUGUGUUCAUGUAAAUGAUGAUAAAUCAUAGUUUACACUUCUGAUAAAAAGCUACAGACUAAGAUUUAAAAAAAAUACAUGAAAAUGCUAAUAUAACAUCUUUGCAAUAUAACAUCUAAUAUUUAGAUCUGCAGCUUCCAGAAUAAGUAGGGUGAUACUCGAACCUUUUAUUUUGCUGUAUCCAGAAAAAAAAUAGUUUCACUGCAUUUUUUGUGAUAGAUACUACAAAAUCAGUAAUCUUUUUGGUCUAUGCCAUUAACUGACAAAACUUUAAAAAGUACUUAAUGCCAGCUUAUUACUCUCUGCUUCUAGGGCCUUUUUCUCUUAGUUACUAGUGCUUAUUAACCUAGCUAACUAAAUUUUCACAUUGACAUUUUAUCAAUUUUGUGAUACCACUUUAUCAGCAAUGGAAACAUAAUUUGCCCAGUGCUUCUGUAACAUGAGAUAAUUCUGGCAUUACUUUAAAUCAGUAAUCGGCAACUUUGAUGUAAGCACUAUACUCUUGACUCAGCAGAGGUGACACUUUGUGACUAAAAUAUCCCAUUAUGCAUAACAUUUGAAAUGGUGUUGGAAAUUUUGGGAAGUUAACAAGUGUAAAGAGAUUGCAUGAGAUUAUAGAGAUAACUUUGUGUUACUACUGUGUACCUUUCAUACUUAGACCCAUAAUGAGAGCUAACAUACUGCUAAAGGUGUUUGUACAAUGAAUUAUCUUUUUAUUUAUGAAAAUAAAAGUAUUUCACUUACAGU